AUGACCCUCGACUUCAAUGUCAACGGCGGGGGCGAUGCCUUACUCGAUUUGACCUUUGAACAGCAACAGCGGGACCGGGCAGCUGCCUACACCUAUUCUACAACCACCACAGCUCACUCGAGUCCAGGGCCAUCAUCUCAUCUCGUCGCGGCAAUAGGCUCCUGGCCGCUACCCGUCGACAUGAACGCCGGCAGCGCCAUCAACUCUCCCCAGGGAGCUCGAGGCAGCUCUCCGGAGGAAUAUCACCCAAACUCGCCUCUCUCGCACAUAUCCAGCCCUCACAGCCACCCUUCGCCGGUCCAGCACUCGCCUUACCAGCAAGCGACGAACCCUCUGACCGACUGGGCUCUUCACCACCACCAGCAACAGGCUGCUCAGCACCACCAGGCUUUGGCCGGCCAUGACAUGUCACACUAUAUCCAGGAAUCCACGCUGGUGAAUUACAAUGCGUACCCGAGCUACCAGCCAAAUCCUAUCGACUACCUACCGCCGACCACACAGGCUGCCAUGCAGACCCAUUUGCUAGAAUCACCGUUUAGCUCGAUGCCUCCUCUGGAUGAUACCGCACACGCAAUGCACUGGGGAGGCGCAGGGAUGGGAAAUUGGCAGGACUUUCAAAACACUCUGCAGCUAGACGGAUUGCAGACUGUUGGCAGCAAUUCCCCCACCGGAACCUAUCUUGAGGUUCUUUCACUGCCAUCCUCCUCCUCUGGCGAUGGAUGGGCAGUGGUAGACUGGGGAAAUCCUGGUCAUGAGCUGUUUCAACCUACUCCGAGUGCUGCCAUCUUCAACCCAUCGCAGACCCUGCACUUGAGAACCAACUCUGGUUCUUCUGACGGUGGCCACUCGAAUGAACUGAGCAACUUUGAGGAAGUCCAGUCUUUCCCCUCACCCUACUCAGCAGAUUCCGAUGGCCACACCGACCAUCGAAAUUGCUAUUCUGCUGAUGGCCAUCAUCAUGGCCAUGACGGCCACCACCACCACCAUCACCACCACCACAGCCCUGUGGCGGCAGUUGCCCCAGUUCCCAUCAAGGCCGAGGCUUCCGUCCGUCAUAGCCCUGGCAGUGGAGCAGGCUCAGUGUCUCCCUCUUCAUCUAGCACAACUUCAAGGAGGAGCACGGGUAUUCGCAAGAGCCCAAUUGCCAAAGCUCCCAAGCCAGUUGUUAGACGUAUUUCCAACGGAAAGAAAGACGGAAAUACCGAGAAGAAGGUGGGCCGCAGAAAGGGUCCUCUUUUGCCAGAGCAGCGAAAGCAAGCCAGCGAGAUAAGAAAGCUGCGCGCUUGCCUGCGAUGCAAAUUCCUUAAGAAGACUUGCGAUAAGGGAGAGCCUUGUGCUGGAUGCCAGCCGUCUCACGCUCGCCUCUGGCAGGUUCCCUGCACGCGAAUUGACAUCAAGGACAUUGGUUACUUCAUGAAGGACUGGAAGGCUGACUAUGAGAGGCACAUGGACCGUGGAGUGUCUGUCUACAAUGUCAAGGGCUUUGCUCAAAAGGAAACCCUCAUGUGGAUCACCCACGGCUACGGCUUUGCCCUGCCCGUCAUGGUUCGCGAGGUCUUCGUUGCUGAUGACAGCUGCUUCUCCGUUGAGUGGGUCGAGUCGUAUGUCGCUACUAACGACACGAUCGACUUUGAGACCCGCACCGAGAAGCUCGACGUCGGUGCCGAGGGAAUCCGCCUUGAUGCUCUUUCUGAGUACCUGGACAAGCACAUUGAAGGUCCCUUUGAAGACUUCAUUGAUGACCACUUUGAGGGCACUCCCUUCAUCACUGAGAUCCUCAAGACUGCCCACCGCUACUACGUCAAGGAGAAGAUGCCCGUCAUCCGAAAGGCCCUUAAGUUGGUCCUUGCCUACAACUUGACUAUGCACAUCACCAUGGUUGAGAGCCAGGGAUCUGAGAUGCCCCUUGACGGCCAGAUCGACGACGAGGACUCCAAGUACUACGGCCGUACCGUUGCGCCUGUCAUGAUCAACUUCCAGAUUAAGUGUGCCCUGGCUGACAUGUGGCGCGAGCUCCAGAGGGACAUCCUGGAAGAGCUCUCUGCCUUGUACUCUGGUGUCUACAGCGGCGAGAAGAUGAAGAACUGGCCUACCAUCUUCCUCUUGGCCUCCAUCCUCCUCGCCGUGUGGGAAGAGAUGCAGUUCGACUGCCACUACCGCGUCCCUGACCCUGUGGCGGUGAACAAGUUCUGCAACGACAUGGAAACCACCCCUGUUGGCGUUAUUGUGGGUCUCUUCCACGCCAUCUCUCAGAAGCUUCCCGCCUUCACCGACUGGGACACCCGUCAGCACGGCCACCUGCUUCACAACAAUGUUGCGGUCUGUGAUGCCAUGACCGAAGUACGACAGCAUGUCAUCAAGCAUGAGGCCUACCUGCGAACCCGAAGAGAGGCCAAGUUUGAUCGCUAUGACUUCGAUUCGCUUUCAAACAAGUUCCUGUCAAAGCUUGUUAUUCGGGCUAACUAA